GCCGUUGCUAGGCUGGCGCGUUCUGCGCCGUGACGGAGGGUGGUGUGCGCGGUGGCUGUUGGGUAGGAGCCGGUUUGAAGUCGUUGGGAGGGGGAGAGGAGCUGAGCUCGAUCGCACCCGGCCUGGGCCACUCGCCGCACCGGACGCGCAGGGAGCAAGAAAAAGGGAAGGGGGCCCGGGCCGAAGAAGCACCAUGAGUUCCCACUUCGUGAAACGCACUCAAGAUUCGCUUGGAAAAGUGAUCAAGAAGCCGCCUCUGACCGAGAAGCUGCUCAGCAAGCCGCCCUUUCGCUACCUGCACGACAUCUUUACCGAGGUUAUAAGGAUCACCGGGUUCUUGAAAGGACUGUAUACAGACUUUGAGAUGAAAUCUGACAAUGUUAAGGAUAAAGAUGCUAAAAUUGCAUUCCUACAGAAGGCUAUUGAUGUAGUGAUGAUGGUGUCUGGUGAUUCUUUGUCUGUGAAACCUGCACGCAUCGUGGCUGGUCACGAACCAGAGAAAACUAAUGAGCUUUUGCAAGCUAUUGCAAAAUGUUGCCUUAACAAGCUUUCUAGUGAUGAUUCUGUGAGGAGGGUCCUUACUGGAGAAAAGACAGAUCCUAAAGCAAAAGCACCAUCUAGCUCCAAAUCUCAGGGGAAAGAAAACAGAGAAAAAAGUGAUGAGCACAAGAGGCAAAAAGACAAAGAACUGGAGGAAAAGAAUGAUAAUGGAAUUAAAGACUCUAGCAGAGACCGAAAAGAAAAAGAACAGUCAAGGGAACGUGGAAAACAAAUGGAUAAAGAAAGGGAUCGACACAAAGAUGGUGAUAGACGCGAAAGGACUAAAGAACAGGAGCGAGACCGAGCAAAAACAAAAGAAAAGGACCAGGAAAACCACAAGAAUCGAGGGGAUGGAGAAAGAGUGGAGAAGGAAAAGAAUCGAGGAACAGAAAAAGUGGAGAAGGACAAGAUUAGAGGUGAUGGAGAAAAGGACAAAGAACGAAGUAAAGAGAGAGAGAGAAACAGAGACAAAGAAAAAACGAGAGAAAAAAGAGAGAAGGACAAGAGAGAAGAGCAUGAGCAUUUGAAAGACCAAAGUAGAGACCAAGAAAUGGAAAAGGAAAAAGCCAAAGAACAGGAGAAAUCAGAGAGACGGUCUAAAGUAAUUGCAGAGGACAAACCACCCAUACAGCCUUCAGAAGUGGUGAAGAAAGACAUCAAAACUGAUGCAGAGCAAGAGGUUGAGAGUCCUGUGAGAAUUCCCAGACCCUCGUCUGCAAAAGGCCAAAGAAGGAAACCAAAAUCAGGAGUUGAAGAGGAAGGGAAAGAAUCUAAAACAUCACUUAGUCAGCAAGAGGUAUUAGAACAGAAGUCGGGGAAAGAAUCCAAAGUAACUAAGCUAGAUGUGUCUGAUGUUGAAGGAGAUCCUGAAGCUGCCCAAUAUUCAAUUGAGAAAAAACAUGCAGCUGAGGUGAAUGGAGAGGUUACAGAUGAACUUUCUCUGCAAGCUGUUCAGAGCAAACGAAUACCUCGACCAGGCAGUGCAAGGCCAGCGCCUCCCAGAGUGAAGAAGCAAGAAAGUACCGACUCUCCCCCAGAAAGAGUUAGCAGUGCAAAACCCCUGACUAAUGUAAUUGUGGAACAAGGAAAGAAUGCCGAAGAGGAGGAGGAGGAUGACGAUGAACAGUUUGUGGUGGAAGAAGCUGUUUCACAGCUUCCAGAUAUGCCUGAGAUGGAACCUGUGGCAGCAAUGGAACUGCAAGACAAUGAAGACCAUGGUGGACUUGUCAAGAAGAUUUUGGAAACUAAGAAAGAUUAUGAAUCUUCAAAGUCUGUCACAAAACACAAAGAUCAGGAGAAAACCAUCAUCUCUGAAACAGCAAGAAAAAAGGAAAAGGAGCUAGUGACCAAGGAAAUAGAAAAACUACGCAUGUCCAUCCAGACCCUGUGUCGCAGUGCCUUGCCCCUGGGGAAGAUAAUGGACUACAUACAGGAAGAUAUGGAUUCCAUGCAAAAUGAGUUAUCGAUGUGGCGCAAGGAAAACAAAAAGCAUGCAGAAUCUCUCCUAAGAGAACAAAGCGUUACUGACACUGCUGUGGAACCAUUAAAGACUGAACUUGCUGAACUGGAGCAGCUGAUCAAGGACCAGCAGGAUAAGAACUGUGCUGUCAAGGCAAAUAUACUGAAAAAUGAAGAUAAGAUCCAGAAGAUGAUUUCAAGUAUUAACUUCACUUCAAGAACGUGAGGAAGAAGGACUCUUGAUUAUUCGGCACAAAGUCAUUAAUAUGGUUCGGCUAAUAAUGUGAAAGAAUGAUGGCUAGAAGGAAUCUUAUAGCAGAGCAGAUUAAGUGGGUGCAAAACAUUUAUUUGCAUUCCAGUCUCUCAGUCAUUUGCAUUCCACUAGAGAGCUUUAUUAUAUUGCACAUUCUAAAGAAAACAAAUGAGUACAUUAAAUAAAAGAAUUGUUUAUAAAUUGCUUGCAGCUCUGAAAGCAGGACGUACUGUUUUCUAUUUUUUGUUGUUUGCUUCCUUAGGGCAGAUGUUCACAAGGACAAUUUUAGCAAAACACUAUGACUAUGAAUGCGGAACAAAUUGGUUAGAUUUGAUGAGGGGAACAUUGCCCACUUCAUAUUUGACUGAUUGUUACUCGUGAUUCUACAUAUGUAACUUGUAACAAGCUACAAGGUGGUUUGCAACAAUACAGGAACUAGAUAAAUGACUUCAACGCCAAGGCAUACAAACAAAGCAAUCUUCUAGUCAGUGUUCAUGGCGCUCAACCCCACAUAGGCUCACUUUUAUCACCAGAGACUGACAGGUCAGGCCACCUGGAAGUAUUAUUUUUCUUCACAUGCCGAUAUGAAAAUAAUAUACAAUUUUUAAAUUUUCUUUUUAAAAUCCAUUUGGUGUAUUGAAGGUAGUAAUUUGAUCUAGCUGCUUAGAUUCAUCAGCACACUGCUAGAAGAACUCAGCAGGCCAGGCAGCCUGUGUAGAAUUCCUUCAGAAUUCCCCAAAAAACAUCUGUUCAUUUACCUCCCCAGAUGCUACUUGACCUGCUGAAGUUGUCCAGCAGUUUUUUUUACUAAAGAUUCAAACAUCUGAAGUCUUUUGUGUCUAAUGCUUAAAUUAAUUUACUAAUAUGACUUUAAAAUGUCUGAUCACAACUUUAAACCCCUACUCGCAUAUAUUAUCUCAGCCACUAAAUGAAAGUGGCCAUAGGACUAAAAUUCUUUACAAAAUAAACAACUAUUUGCAUCUAUUGCUUACAAGGCAGAGGCAAAUGCUGUUAGCUUGACCUUGCGACAUAGAUCAGUAAAGCAUAUCAGCAGGGCAGCCUGGUUAAUUCAGGGAUGCUGAUUGAAGAUAGUUCUAUUACACUGGCAUUACAUGGCCUCAUUAAAUGGUGAAACUCUGAAUUGCCUGAAAUUAACUUCCCAAAAAAUGUAAUGAAAUAUGAAGUACUCCAAGGGAGCCAUAAUAUGUCUUCAAUAUUCCUUGCAAGCAGGAGACACAAUGUAUUCUCAGCUACCACUUCAACUUUAAAGAUAGCUAACCAAGGGAAUACCCAUUUGCUGUGCUUUGGAGAAGAAAGAUUUUAAUGAAACAAAAAACAAAUAUUAAAAUUAUAUAUUUUUGACGUGCAAAUACAUGCAUUUUAUUUUUAUUUUGAAGAAAACCAAACUACGAAUGUUGCUUCACUAGUCUUUCAUGUUAUAGCCACUGUCUGCUGCUUGCUAGGAUGGUGCACACUAAACAUUUAUUCAUUCUUUCUAACAAAGAGAAAUUGUCUCUUUCUAGUACAUCAAUUAAAUACAGUUCCCCGGACCAUCUUUUAAAUUUAUCACUGGCAUACUUGUUUUUAUUGGUGUCAUGAAAAUUAUCAGCCAAUGCCUGAUAAACUUUGGAAAUAUAACAAUUUCUAUAUUAUAACUUUUUUUAAAUCACAAGGUUAACUAUUACUUUAACAGAUAUAAUAUUAUCCAUUCAAUAUCCUUCUAUACAAUUUUGAAGGCUUUGAAAGCCUUUUAAAAUAUAUAUUAUUGAUUUGAAAGAGCUAAUGCACUCUUUGGAGCCAGUUGACAUUCUGACAGUGCUUCUGACAGUCUAAUGUUCAUUGUUAGAUAAACAUACUGGAAGGUGGCAAUUGUGCAGCAUGUAUUUUGACCAAUGUUUAUCUUUGGGGUAAAAUUGCCAGUUAAAAUGAGCUGUAUGAUACAUCCCCAAGAAAAUACAUUCUUGUUUAAUAUUAAUUGGUAACAUCUCACUGAAUGCUUCUGUGCUCUGAAGUACAUUAAAACAAUACGACAUUUCUGCAACUACUCAACUAUGUAGUGGUUAAAGCUUCUUUAAAUAUGUUUCCUUUGAAUGAUCAAAUCACCGAUGACUAGCCUUACUGGCUUAAGAUGCUUCACGUUAAAUUGGAGAAGCAUCCUGAGUGAACUCCAGGUUUGAGCUAAAUUUAGAUGAUGUUAACUUGGCCAUAGAGUUUGCCUCUGUUCUGGCCAGGGAAGAAGAAAACCAGCUGCAAUUCCAGGCACUGAUUGCUUUUUAGUGACUCCUGCUGGAAGCUGAGACUGCUUCGGGUUGGCUAAGGAAAUGUUACUGUGAACUCUUUGUUUAGAUGCAAGACUGAAAAGUGACAAUGAAGAGUGAAAGGAAAGGUCAUUUAAUACGUUUAAACCAGAGCUUGACAUAAGGUUUGAAAUUUUGUUUCAACUGUUUAAGUCAGCGAUGAGAAAGAUUGGAAGAAACUAUUGCUUUUUUUUCUAGUGUUCUGAAUGCUUUAUGCAUAUAGUGUGUGUUUUUAUUUUUACUUUCUCAUUCUCGCCCUUGAUUGUUAAGCAGCACUUUUGGGAUAAAUUUACAAUUUCAUAUUUUGUUUACGUCAUGGAACUACACCAUGGAUCUUGUUUUGAAGAAUAAAGCAUGUCUUUUUAAAUUA